CCUUAGUAUUAUUUUUAGCAAUAAAUUCUCCAUGUCUUAAUACUUGGAAAAUACAAUUUUUUUAAUCACCUGUAAUCUCACCCCAAGGAAGUCAGAUUACAUUGUAUAUCCUGUUUUGUGGCCUGCUUUUUUUUCACUUAGUAGUCUCCUUUCAUGAUAUGAUGUGAUUUUAUGAGUGUAUGAUAGUCCAUUUAUGGAAUUUCCCUAAGCUGUCUCAUUAAUAUCCUAUUUGGGAGCUUUUAGGUUCAUUCCAAAAUUUUGGUACCUUAUAAAUGCUUGAUGUCAUUCUUUUUUAUAUCUCUGAGUAUUUCCUUAGAAUAAAUUUCUAGUCAGAAGAUUUCUUGAUGAAAGCGUAUGCUGCAUAUUGCCAGAUUGCCUUCCGGAAUAGAAGUUAUUUCCAGUUUUUUCAGCAGUGUGUAAGAGGACAAGUAUUUCUGAUAAAUGUGGAGGUUUUCUGCUAUUUAAAAGCUCUCCUCUCUUGGAAGAGAGGUAAAGGAAGGAAGCUACAGGGCAUCACAGGGCUAUAUCGGGGCAUGGCUGCCCCCAUCAUUGGGGUCACCCCCAUGUUUGCUGUGUGCUUCUUUGGGUUUGGUUUGGGGAAGAAACUGCAACAGAAAUGCCCAGAGGAUGUGCUCAGCUACCCUCAACUAUUUGCAGCUGGGAUGUUAUCUGGUGUAUUCACCACGGGAAUUAUGACCCCUGGAGAACGGAUCAAGUGCUUGUUACAGAUUCAGGCUUCCUCAGGGGAUACCAAGUACACUGGUCCCUUGGACUGUGCAAAGAAGGUGUACCAGGAGUCUGGGAUUCGAGGCAUCUAUAAGGGGACUGUGCUCACCCUCAUGCGAGAUGUUCCAGCCAGUGGGAUGUAUUUCAUGACAUAUGAGUGGCUGAAAAAUAUCUUCACUCCAGAGGGAAAGAGUGUCAAUGAGCUUAGCGUGCCUCGGAUCCUGGUGGCUGGGGGCAUCGCAGGGAUCUUCAACUGGGCUGUGGCAAUCCCCCCAGAUGUGCUCAAGUCUCGCUUCCAGACUGCCCCUCCUGGGAAAUAUCCUAACGGUUUCAAAGAUGUGCUGAGGGAGCUGAUCCGGGACGAAGGAGUCACAUCCUUGUACAAGGGUUUCAAUGCAGUGAUGAUCCGAGCCUUCCCAGCCAACGCGGCCUGUUUCCUUGGCUUUGAAGUUGCCAUGAAGUUCCUUAAUUGGGCCACCCCUAACUUGUGAGGCUGAAGGCUGCUCAAGGUUUCUGAAUGCUGGAAGCUGUCACCGAGGAGGAGCACUGGGCAGAACUAGGCCAUCCUGAAGGGGGAAGGGAGGGGGAUUGUGGGAUCAGAGCUCUGUGUGUGGACUUGUUGAGACCGUUGCCUUAAUGACGUCUUCUACCUGGUAGAGCUUGGUGUGCAAUUUUGAAACUUGAAUUCAGUCUUGUCAAUUUAAGGGAUCUCAAGAGGAUUUGGAGAUGGAGUAAGUAGCUUCUAGACCAGGUACAAUCUGUGGCCAGAGUGCUGUCUACUGAUUGACUACUGGACCUACUACACGCAAAGUACUCCUCAUCGAAGAAGGACUCUCAGCCUCUCACUGGAGGCGCUAUGCAUGUUUUCAGCCAGCUGACCGGGAGCUGGGGUCUUCUUCAAUCCCUACCCAGGAAGACCCACCAGAUUUCCAGGGUACUAUCUAAUCUGGGCCUGCACAUGGGGACGUGGACUUGAGGCCCACAUCUGUCUAUCCAAGUGGACUAAGCAAAUGUGCCUCGGGCAGAUACCCUGUUAUAGUCGGGUUGAUUUUUCUUUAUGCAUGCAAGUAAUCAAAAUUGAAGCUAGAGUAGCUUAAUUUCACAGGAGUAGAUGGAGAACUUUCCCUCCUACGUAGCGAGGAGAGUUUUGAAUCGACUGUGCCAGCCUGUUGGGAUAAGUCAGAAAGCCCAGGGUGUAGGAAGGCUCUUUUUGCACACUCUUUAUUCUCAUGAGAGUCCCCUAUUUUGAUAGGAAACAAUAAAUAUUGUCUCUCAUUUU